ACAAGACCCGCUCCCAGUCCUCUCUAGCGGAAAUCGAUUUCUUGACGUGCGCAAUACGCACAACGUUGUUCUUUUAGCGCUAAAUUCAAGAUGGCGUCUGCAACAAGGUCUGCGGCAAGAAAAAGAUCCAAAGCAGUUGAAGAGAUACCAGAGGAUUCAAGUCUGCAAGCAAGUGGAUUCAAAUUCUCAAGACAAAGCCGAUUCCGAAAGGUUACCCAGAAGAAAGGAAGUGCAACAAAGAGUGCACGAAAGAAAAGAAGAUCUAGCUUUGUCCGCGGGAGAAAGGAACGCAAGUCCCUUGUCUUCUCAUCUGUUCCUUCAGCAAAGUCUGAGCUUUACAAAGAAAUUCCCACUGAUUUGCCUCCAGAAGCAAGACUAAGAACGUUAUUUGAUGUUUGUCUUGAGGAUGCAUUGGAAAAACUGGAGAAUAGUUCAUCUCAGUACAAUGUUGAUGGCAUACCCAACUUCACUGCAGAAGCAAAAGAUGUUUUCAGCCAGUUGCGAACACUCAUUCUGGACAGUAAUAUGGUUGAUGAAGCAUUUAAACCCCCAGACAAAACAAUUUUAAAGCAAAUACCUAACCCUAGGAAUGAGGAACUGGAAGUGAAAGCAGCAUCACGUCUGGCUGUUACUGAAAGGUUGAAAGCUGAGAGUGAAAAGUGGGAUAAAUUGCUGUCAUCCCAUCAAGAUGAUGUGGAAAAGAAAGAGAGAGAAAAACAAGUAGAAGAAAACAUGAAACCCACAGAUCAGUGCCCAGACUUCCUCUCUCUUGAACAGCACCAACUGCUCUCUGGCAAGCCUUCACUAAAAGGAUUAAUGGAUAGACUUGAAGAGACGAAACAGAAGACAAUGCUUCAGAUCGAUAUGGUUGCUCAAGCCGUAAAUACCAGCAAAGAGUAUGAAACAUUGUGCGGAAAAUUCGUCAAUGAGCAAGUCAAACUGUUUGCUAGCACAACGUUUGAAGCGGUAAACAAAUCUGGCACGCCACGAACAGUGAUUCCUCGGUUGUUGAAGAAACUGUACUAAGACUGCUGUUUGUCUUUUGUAGGCCCAGUACAGCGUGACAUUGUAAAGUGCAAAACAAGUUUGUUUUGCAAGUUUUCUUACCAUGUACAACAAUUAAAUUUGACUAAAAACUGUU